AUGAAGGCGUUUGUGAAGCAGAUGCGAAGCCCCCGUCUCUCCUUCCUCCAGACCACGGCCUCCCUCUUCAUGGCCGGCUUCGCCCUCUUGUCCUCCUUCUGGUGCGAGGGGAAGCAGAAGGUUCCCAAACCACUGUGUUCUCCGGUCAAACACCAAAACUGCAUCCCCGUGCCCGGAGUCGCCAACGCCACAAACAUCCAGUUCUCCUGGGAGACCGGAGACGACCGCUUCGUCUUCCCCACCUUCCACACCGGACUCUUCCUCAUCUGCGAGGAGAACAUCUACAAAGACGCCUGGGCGAUGAUGUGGUUUUCUGUCACUCUGGAGAUCCUGUACGUGGCUCUUCUGAUGAUCAGCUGUUCUCUGCUGUCGGUGCAGCUCUGCAUCCGGACCUUCUGCCCGUCCACGCAGCGCUGCGGACAGCUGCUCAACGCCUUCGCUGCUCUCUCCACGGUCCUGGGAGGUCUGCUUGGGAUGGUGGGUCACAUGAUGUUCAUGCAGGUGUUUCAGACCACCGCCUCGAUGGGACCAGAAGACUUCAAGCCUCACAGCUACGGCUACUCCUGGGCCUUCUACAUGGCCUGGUGUGCCUUCACUCUCUGCAUGUCAGCCGGAGUCUCUACCCUCAACAACUACACCAAGACCGUCCUGAUGGUCGGCCCGCGACGGACCUCCAGCCUCAACGCCUGCAGCUUCAACAUCGUGGGUUUGCUGCCUCCUUACUACACCCCCGUGAACCCCGCCCUCACCUCUCCCCCGUCUCCCCCCCGGAUCUCCCACCUGUCUCCCUACUACAAAACCCCGUCCGCCAGUCAAAGGCACUCCGACUCCCUGCCUCCUCUUCCUCACUCCAACUCCUUCCCUCCUCCACCCUCCCAUCUCGCAUCUGCUUCCUCCAUCCAUCGCCUCUCGUUACCCUCUCAAACGCCAUCAUACCCACCCUCCGUCUCCCCCCGCCUCCCCCUGCAGGGACACCAGGAGAGCCGCUACGAUCCGGGAGAGGACUACAGCCCACUGUGA